ACUUCCAUAAAGCGACCACCUCAGAAUCCAUUCCUCUGCACAAGAGCAAGAACAGCAUCUAAAGAGAAGAGGAAGGAGACUCUCCUUUCCUCUGUUUCUUUUGUUCUUAAAAAUUGGAUUUUUAUUUUUAAUGGAGAAAGAGAUCCGAUCUCCGAACUCCUCGCCCUCCAGCAGCAGCAGCAGCAACAAUGGAGUGAGCUCAUCGCCGGCGCCGGCGCCGAUGGUCACUCCGAAAUCGACGCCGAGGUCAGCCGACGCUGCGAAUCCCUACCCUACCACGUUCAUCCAGGCCGACGCCGGAUCCUUCAAGCAGGUCGUCCAGAUGCUGACCGGCUCCUCCGACGGCAAGCAGCCGCCGCUUCCGCGGCCCGCCAAGAACGGGAUCUCGUCGGCUGUGAAGGCCACCGGGCCCAAGAAGCCGGCUUUCAAGCUCUACGAGCGCCGCGGCAGCCUCAAGAACCUGAAGAUGAUGAGCCCUAUGAUUCCCAGCUGCUGGAACCGUGAUUCCCCCCUCGGCGGCUCCGCCGGGUCAUCUCCGCGCAGGCAGCCGACGGAGAUCCUCUCGCCCAGCGUGCUCGACCUGCCCUCUUUGACCCUCAGCCCCAUCUCUCCCUUGAACACGGAUUCCUUCCACCGUUCGCUGCCGCCCAAUCCGCCUUCGGCGUUGGCGAUGUCGGCCGAGGAGAGGGCGAUCGCCGAGAAGGGAUUCUACCUUCACCCUUCGCCGCGGACCACGCCCCGGGAUGCGGAACCGCCGAUGCUGCUGCAGCUUUUCCCGGUGACUUCUCCGCGAGUGCCUUCCGCCUCCGUCGCCGGCUCUUCUUCCUAGAGAUGAGAUGCUCAUUUCCUUGGCAAUUCAAUUUGUACAAUUUGAGCUCCUCUCCAUUGAAUUCUGCAAUUCGAGCUCUGACCUUGAUCCAUCAUAAUCUCAUUUUUAUCGAUCGGAAAUUCUAUUGUUCAUCUGUA